AGGGUGCGGGGCGCCGCAGCAGCAGACCCGGGUUCCAAGCCCGCCCCGCGAUGCUCCGCGCACGCUCGGGACCGAGGUCCGUGGUCAGACCCCCUGCAGCCGCUGUGCGCUUGUGCGAGGGCUGACAGCGCUGAAGGCGGAGUCCGCCUGGGAAAAAGAAACCGAUAGUCGAUGGCCGGGAAACGGGCGGGCUGCGCCUGACUGCGGCGGCGCGGGGCAGCGCGCCGGCGGGCAGACCGAGGUCCAGUCGGGGCGCGGGUACGAGCCCGGGACCCGGAGCGGCUGGAGUCCUGCAGCCUGCGUGCGGGGACCCCACCCGGAUCUGGAGAAAGGAUCGUGGGACGCAGCGGGACCCAGAGGCCGUUUCCUUCCCGCGAAGAAUAUCAGAGAAGGUUACUGGGAGAAGAAAUGGCAAACCUCUCGCGAGGUUUCUUCAUAGAAGAACUUAAUAAGUACCAUCAGAAGUAUCGAGUAGAUCUUAAGUACCAAAAACUGGCUACAACAGGACCUCCCCAUGAUUUAAGGUUUACGUUUCAAGUUAUAAUAGAUGAGAGAAAAUUUCCAGAAGCUGAAGGCAAAUCAAAGCAGGAAGCAAAAAAUGCUGCAGCCAAAAUAGCUGUUGAUAUACUUAAUAAAGAAAACAAGGCAGUUAGUCCUUUAUCCUUGGCGACAACAGAUACCUCAGAAGGAUCACCCCCUGGGAAUUAUAUAGGACUUGUCAAUAGGAUUUCCCAGAAGGAAAAACUAAAUGUAAAUUAUGAAGAAUGUGAAUUGGGGGAGCAGGAUCCCAAAAAAUUUAAGUAUAAAUGCAAAAUUGGGAAGAAAGUAUUUGGUAUUGGUAUAGGUUCCACUAAGCAGGAAGCAAAACAAUUGGCUGCUAAAUGUGCACUUCAGAAACUAUCAGAAGAAAGCCCAAUGAAAACUGACCUAGUACCCUCUGCCGCUUUUGUGAGUCCUGGUAAUGUCAAUAACUGCGGAAGCACAGGAAGCACAAUGAGCUCAUCUUUGUCUGAGCCACCCUCUGAAAAGGACUCCUCAUCAGAUGACUGGACAAAUGUUCAGAGCAGUGAGAAUUUAGACAGUUCUGGAUCUUCUUCUAUGAAUGGUCUCAGUAGUAAUAAAAAGAAGAAAAAAAUAAGUUUGGCAGCUAAAUUUGACUCUUAUAACGUAGAAGAAAACCAGUAUACUGUGGACUACAGGUUUGCCAAGGAUUUUAAAGAUAUAGAACGAAUUGGCAAAGGUGGAUUUGGCCAAGUUUUCAAAGCAAAACACAGAAUAGAUGGAAAUAUUUAUGUUGUUAAACGUGUCGAGUAUAAUAACAAGAAGGUAGAGCGUGAAGUACAAGCACUGGCCACAUUUAAACAUCCCAACAUUGUUCAUUACUGCAGUUGUUGGGAAGGAGUCGAUUUUUAUGAGGAUCCUGAAAGCAGCGCAAGAAUAAAGACCAAGUGCCUUUUUAUCCAAAUGGAAUUGUGUGAUAAAGGGACAUUGAAAGAAUGGAUUGAAAAUAGAAGACAAAAAGUACCAGACAAAGCUUUGGCUUUGGAAUUAUUUGAACAGAUAGCAGAAGGAGUGCAUUAUAUACAUUCAAAAGGUUUAAUUCAUAGAGACCUCAAACCAAGUAAUAUAUUUUUAGUAGGUGAAAAACAAAUAAAGAUUGGAGACUUUGGACUUGUAACAACCCUGAAGAAUGAUGAACUGCGAACAAGAGAAAAGGGAACUGAGCGAUAUAUGAGCCCAGAACAGAUUUCUUCAGAAGAAUACGGAAAGGAAGUAGACAUCUUUGCUUUGGGGCUAAUUCUUGCUGAACUUCUUUACAUAUGUCCCACAGUUUCAGAAUCAAUCAAGACCCAAACCUUUGACCUUUGGAAGGUGUUUACAUCUCAUGAGACUCGAACUGGAGCCAGUCAGCAAAAUUUCAUCAGUGCCUUCUUGAAGGCAGACACUGUGCUAAGUGUCAUGAGGGUUAUAAAAAGGAGCAAGCCUAUUCUCUGGAAGUUAAUUUCCUAAGAAGAAAGAGAAUACAAGAGAACAAUGUAGGUGUUUUAGGAGAAGUCUGUGGAAACAACUAGGAGGGAGAUCUUUCUAUCGGUAGCAGUUAAGAUUUCAUUGGAGGUAUGUAAGCUGGACCCAGAAGGGUUGGUUGUUUCUAAUAGUCUAAAAUAGAAAGACAAGUGGUGACUAAAUCAAUGAAAGAAUAUGGACUUUCUUGUGUGGACAGCGGGGAAUCACUGAAGUGAGCAGUAGACAACUGCAUAUCCUAGUCUCAAGCUCAGGAAUGGGACUUGCCUUGCAGCCACAGCCUUCUCCUCUGUAAAAAGGGACAUUGAAAGUACCUGUCACAUAGAGUUCCAGCAAGGAUGAAGGGAGGCGUGAAUGUCAUGCACCUAAUGCUUCCAAACAUAGAAUGCUAAGGAUGGUUACUAGAUUGGGGUAGGGUAUGGGGAAGAGAGUUCUAUUUGCUUCCUGGCUAAAGAGACUUUUCCAAAGAUCUGGAACUAUCCUGGAUUUAGGGUAAUCUCAGCUUUU